CUGGCAGCCGCAUGGGUGCCAUCUUGGCCGCAGUUGAGCAUUCACGAAUGGCGAUUGCCGUCAGCUACCGGUCGCUCGAGGGCGCGCGCGUCAACGCCAUCAACGCGGUCGACGGCAAGGGCCGGACGGCGCUCGCCCGCGCCUGCCACGACGGCAACUUUGAGGAGGUGCUGCAGCUCCUGUCGCACCCGCACAUUGACAUUGCACUCGAAGACGACUCGGGCAUGUCGCCCAUCGAGUGGGCCAUCAAGCACAACCACCACGCGUGCGCGAGCCUCGUGCGCAACGAAGCGUACUUCCGCGCGUCGCAUCGCGAGAACGCGUUCCAGGUGCACCUGCGCGCCGAGCUGCAGUGCGCGGACGCAGUCUUUGACGAGCGCCUCUUUCGCCAAGCCGUCGAGACGGAUCCGUCGGCCGCCAUGAAGUACCUCGACCAGUUUGCGUCCUCGGACCGGUACUACUACCAUUUCUCGCAGCUCGAUGCGAUUUACGGCCGGAAGAACGUCAAGUCGUCGGCGCUGUAUGCGAUCUUGAACAGCAACAUCUUGCCGGCGCAGGACGAGGCCAAGUACGUGUGCCUCCAGCACGUGGUCAUGCAGCGGAUCCUCGACAUCAAGUGGGAACUCUUCGCCGAGCGUAUGUACUACUUCCAGCUGCUCAUUUUCGGACUCAUGAUGACGGCGAUGACCAUGGUCAUCGCGUCCUCGUACGCGAUCGCCGUGUACAUUGAGAAGGAGCAGCUCGACGAGAUCGUCGACGAGGACUCGGCGACCGGGAUCACGAUCCGGCUCAUGUUCCACCUCUGGAGCGUCAUCUGCAUCUACUGCCUCGUCGCGAAAGCGCAGCUCCGUGGCCUCACGCCCGAGUACCUCUACCGCCUCGCGCGCUGGCAGCACGACGGCGUCUGGGCGCCGUUCGACCGCAACGUCACGAUCCCGUCGCUCUCGCUGCACAAGUCGUACGCCAAGUGGUACCUCUUCAAGCGCUCGAUCGUCGUGACACUCCUCGUUGCGACGCCGUGGUGCGCCUACAUUGGCUUUGGCUUUACCGGCGCGCUCGGCAUCGAGAAGCUCGGCUUCAUGGUGCUGGCGACGGUCAUGUCGACUGCCGGCGUGCUCCUCGUCACGGCGCUGUACUUUCUCUUGCUCGAGUACCGCGAGAUCCUCGGCGAGGACCCGUGGAUCCAUGAGCGCCGGGCCAAUGCGGGUCUCUGCGGCUGGCUCUUCUGGACGUUCGUGCUCAUCUUUCUGCUGCCGCUCGCGACACCGUUCAUGCGCCGGUACAAAAAGUACUUUGGCUCGUGGUUCAACAUUCUCCAGCUCCUCACGUACAUCUGCAUCGUCCCGUUUGCCCUCCUCUCGAUCCUCUGCCUCGUGCCCGAGUUCCAAGGGCUCAUCAAGGACGUCUACCUCUGUCUCGGCGCGUUCAUCACGCUCAGCCUCUGGAUGCUCUCGCUCCAGUACCUCGAGGUCAACAAGACCGCGGGCUACCUCCUGCCCAUGCUCAUGGACGCGCUCGGCGACGUCUGGGACUUUCUCGUCUUCUACGGUGUCUUCCAGUGCGGCCUCACGUGCGCCUUUUACUUUAUCUUUCAGCAAAAGAGUGACAACUACAAGACGCUCUGGGCCAGCUUCCGGACCACGUACUUUGUCUUGUACGGCGACAACAACGUCGACGACUUUGCCGAGACGGACCUCGAAGGCGACCUUUGGCUACGCCCUCGCAUGUUCCACUGCGCCGUCAUGGUCGUUCUUCUGCUCAACUUGCUGCUUGCGAUGAUGAACAAGACGGUGGACCGCAACUGGGACAAGAUCCACGCCCGCGCGCUCUCGUCGUACGCGCGCUGCGUGCUGCGGCUCGAGAUGAUGCUCGGGCAGACCGAGGCCGAGCGCGACAGCAUCAUCUUCCUCACGCCCAAGUGGUACUACAGCGGCGCGGUCGCCGAGCACAUCCCAAUCAACCAGAACGCGUCCUUGCGGCUGCUCAACCCCGCGUUCACCGAGCCCAUCUCGAAACACGACCUGGCGGGCGGCGAGCUGCCCGAGCGCUCGACCGACGACGAGAAUAAGCGGCUUGCAGCGCAGGUCGCGGAGCUCAAGGCGCAGAACGCAGCGCUGCGCACGGCCAUGGAGACCUCGAACGAACGCGUGGACCACAAGCUCGACAAGCUCACGGCGCUGCUCUUGGGCCUGCACGAAAAGACCGAGUAAUGCGUGUG